CUGCAGCCGCCGUCCACCGCGCCCGGCUGCGCUGAUAAGUCUUUUGACAGGCCGGGCUCCGGCCACCUGACCCCUGACCUGGGCCCUCCGCGCAGGGUAUCUUUGCCCGGAAACAUGAAAACGGCUGUGACCAGCAGGUGGCACUGGUGACCGUAUAGUAUAGUGUGCAGCUGAUCAGAGCAUACCUCAUAAAUCCUGCGCUGAGGGCCAUGCCAAUUUUCUGCCACCUACAGGACAGACCAUGAAGCUAAAGGAACUUGAGCGGCCAGCUGUUCAAGUGUGGAGCCCAGCCAGCCAGUACCCAGUGCAUCUGGCCACAGGAACAUCUGCCCAGCAGCUAGAUGCCUCCUUUAGCACAAAUGGCACAUUGGAAAUCUUCGAGGUUGAUUUCAGGGACCCUUCUCUGGACUUGAAAUGCAAGGGAGUCCUUUCUGUCUCCAGCAGGUUUCACAAGCUGAUCUGGGGGAGCUUUGGCAAUGGGCUUCUGGAAGGCUCCGGGGUUAUUGCAGGCGGCGGGGACAAUGGCAUGCUUACUCUAUACAAUGUGACCCACAUCCUGUCUUCGGGGAAGGAGCCUGUGAUUGCCCAGAAACAGAAGCAUACGGGGGCUGUCAGAGCCCUCGACUUUAAUCCUUUCCAGAGCAACCUCCUGGCCUCAGGGGCCAGUGACUCUGAAAUCUUCAUUUGGGAUUUGAAUAACCUGAGCGUGCCAAUGACUCCAGGAUCCAAAUCACAGCAGCCCCAAGAGGACAUCAAGGCACUCGCUUGGAACCGGCAAGUCCAACACAUUCUGUCUUCUGCUCACCCCAGUGGCAAGGCAGUUGUGUGGGAUCUCAGGAAGAAUGAGCCUAUCAUCAAAGUCAGUGAUCACAGCAACAGGAUGCAUUGCUCAGGCCUGGCCUGGCACCCAGACAUAGCCACCCAGUUAGUACUAUGCUCAGAAGAGGAUCGUCUCCCGGUGAUUCAGUUGUGGGAUUUGCGCUUUGCCUCCUCACCCCUGAAGGUGCUAGAGAGCCACAGCAGGGGGAUAUUGUCAGUGUCUUGGAGCCAGGCUGAUGCUGAACUGCUACUUAGUAGUGCCAGGGACAACCAGGUCUUGUGCUGGAACCUGGGGAACAGUGAGGUGGUAUAUAAACUACCUACACAGAGCAGCUGGUGCUUUGAUGUGCAGUGGUGCCCUCGGGACCCUCCAGUGUUCUCUGCUGCUUCCUUCGAUGGUUGGAUCAGUUUGUACUCUGUGAUGGGUAGGAACUGGGAAGUCCAGCACAUGAGACAGGCUGACAAGAUCUUCUCUUCCUUCAGCCAAGGCCAGCCUCUCCCACCAUUGCAGGUGCCAAAGCAGGUGGCCCAAGCAUCAUUGAUACCUCCCCUGAAAAAACCCCCUAAAUGGAUUAGAAGGCCUGUAGGCGUUUCAUUUGCUUUUGGAGGGAAGCUGGUUACCUUUGGCCUCCCCAGCUCUCCUCCCCAUGAUAUGCCACAGCCUUACCCCCGCCUAGUCUUCAUCAGUCAAGUCACUACAGAAUCUGAAUUCCUGAUGCGGUCAGCUGAGCUGCAAGAGGCCCUGGGAUCUGGAAGUCUCCUGAAUUAUUGUCAAAGCAAGAGCCAGCAAGCUUCACUGCAAAGUGAAAAGAUGCUGUGGCAGUUCCUAAAGGUGACCUUAGAACAAGACUCCAGAAUUAAAUUCCUAAAGCUUUUAGGAUACAGUAAAGAUGAACUGCAGAAUAAGGUAGCCACAUGGUUGAAGAGUGACUUGGGGCUAGGUGAGAGCCCUCAGCCCAAGGGAAGUGACCUCAACGGUAAUAGACAACAGGCUUUCUACAGCCAGGCCUCCAAACACACUACAGGGGAAGCCUCUGCUUCCUCAGCCUUUUUUGAUGGGCUGGUCCCUCAAAACAUGACUCCGUGGGAGAUCCCCAUCACAGAAGACGCUGAUGGACUCCUGAGCCAGGCUCUCCUGCUUGGGGAACUGGGCCCUGCUGUGGAGCUGUGUCUCAAGGAAGAGCGCUUUGCUGAUGCUAUCAUCCUGGCCCAAGUUGCAGGAACAGAUAUGCUGAAGCAAACCCAGAAGCACUACUUGGCCAAGAGAAAAACCAAAAUCUCCCCGCUUCUGGCGUAUGUUGUACAAAAAAAUUGGAAGGACAUGGUGUGUGCCUGUAGCCUGAAGAACUGGAGAGAGGCACUGGCCUUACUGCUGACAUACUCCAGCCCAGAGAGAUUCCCUGAGCUCUGUGACAUACUGGGAACUCGCAUGGAGCAGGAGGGCAGCAGCGCAUUAAUCUCUGAAGCCAGACUGUGUUACGUGUGCUCAGGGAGUGUGGAGCGGCUGGUAGAGUCCUGGGCAAAAUGCCCCCAGGCUUUAUCCCCCAUGGCUCUGCAGGACCUGAUGGAGAAGGUGAUGGUCCUUAACAGAAGCUUGGAGCUACUACAAGGUCGUAGUGGGGUGAACCCAGGCCCUGCCACAACCCACAGGGUCACUCAGUAUGUCAGCCACCUGGCAGCACAGGGCAGCCUGGCAACUGCCAUGAACUUUCUACCCAGUGACUGUGCUCAGCUACCAGUACAGCAGCUGAGAGAUCGGCUUUUUCAUGCCCAAGGUUCUGCUGUCUUGGGCCAGCAGCCUCCCUCUUUUCCCUUCCCCCGGAUUGUUGUGGGAGCUACCCCCAACUCUAAAGAGACAUUAUCUCACAGAUUGGGAUCCCAGCCUUCUCACCAGGUUCCAACUCCAUCUCCAAAGCCAAGUCUUUUCACAUCUCAAUCAUCCCUAGUGACGUCCUUGAGACCUUCCCAUCCUAAUCCUUAUCAGGGUUCUAGGAUGCAGACUAUAAGUGACUACAGGGUACCUGGGCCUCAAGUAUCCCAGCCUUUACCUUUGGACCCUAGGACAAGACCUGCUCUAUCUCAGCCGCAGCUGUUAGGAGGGCAAAGAGCUCAAGCUCCUAACCCUGUGGGAUUCCUUGGAACAUGGCCUUUUCCUGACCCUCCUCCAUCCAUGGCAUCCCUAGACAUCAUGCAGCCUGGCUCUCCCUCCCUGCCUGAAACUUCUAGACUGCUUCCUCUGCUUCCCAUGAGACCACUAGGUCCCAGCCCCAUGGUCUCCCAGCCACCAGGCCCUCCUGCCAGCUUCCCCGUGGCAUACCCUCCCAGAGGACCAGCUGUUCCAUGCUUUAGCACCCUCCCAGCCACUGCUAUCUUGACUCACCAUCCAGCACCUCAAGAUUCCUGGAAAGAUGCUCCAGCCCCCAAGGGAAACCUCCAAAGGAAAAAGCUGCCAGAGACAUUUAUGCCUCCAGCACCAAUUACUGCUCCAGUUAUGAGCCUUAGCCCUGAGCUACAAGGAAUCCUGCCCUCACAGUCCCCUGUCUCCAGUGUGGGUCAAGCUCCCCCAGGAGCCCCAGGAGAAUUCAGCUUGCAGCAACUGCCACCUGAGAAGGUGGAAAGGAAAGAGCUGCCCCCAGAGCAUCAAUCCUUGAAGACCAGCUUUGAGGCACUGCUCCAGCGCUGCGCCUUGUCUGCCACUGACUUAAAGACAAAAAGGAAGCUGGAUGAGGCAGCCCAGCGUCUAGAAUAUCUAUAUGAGAAGCUCUGCGAGGGGACACUCUCACCUCAUGUCCUGGAUGGGCUCCAUGAGGUUGCCCGAUGUGUGGAUGCAGGAAGCUUUGAGCAGGGCCUCACAGUGCAUGCCCAGGUGGCAGGCUGCAGCAGCUUCAGUGAAGUAUCCAGCUUCAUGCCUGUCCUGAAGGCUGUCCUCAACAUCGCUCAUAAGAUGCAGAUCUAAACCAGCCAGCCUGUCUUGCCAGGAGGCCACUUCUGCUAUUAUAUAAAUCUGCCCUGCAGAAAAGGGGGAAUUUUGGAACAGAUUCUAUUUAUUUUCUCCAGUCCUCUUCACUUGCUGGCAGGAAGACAUAUGAUGCUAUAGGAUUAGCUCCAAACCAGUUGAGUGCCGGCUUUUUACCUCUUUAUGCUUGGCCCUCUAGGAUCUAUCCCAGACUCUCUCAGCCCCGGAAGCAGGGUAUUGAGUCAAUUCUUCACUUUCCCUAAUGCUGCACUCUAACAGAACCUAGGGCAGGAUAUCUCCUCCCCCCAGGUUAUUCUGUUUAAGUGGCCUGUGACACAGUGAACAGGAUCAUUAUUUCCAAGUCUAUCUCCACUGUAACCUACCUUAUGGUCUUUCGUUUUUCCUUUCUGUGGUUUAUGAUCCUGACCUUACCUUCUCCCUGCCUCUGACUCACAUUUUCAGUCCAUAUUUCUCUGUAGCCCAGGGGCUGGGGUAGAGCUGACUGCUAUCACCCUUUGAGCAAGUGAUAGACAUGAGGGAUAGGUGCUAGCAGAACCAAGAGAGGAAACUUUGGUCUCAUCUGCCAGCAUUAAGGAUGGGCUAGGUUAGGUAAAAAGUAAAAGUGGUGAACUGUCUUUUGCUGGAGGCUGCCUUAGGCUAUUAGAUAGAAGCAGAGGGACCACAGCCUGUGGGGAAUGGUCCUUGACUCCACUUAUGUUUCAGCCCUGGCCCAAGGCCCUAGAUUAUUCAUCCUGUGAUUAUAAUAAGCCCAGUUCUGGAACAGGAGCCAUAUUAAUGAAGUCUUCUCUUCCAGCACUGCUCCUCAAGGGUUGGGGUCUUUCUCUCAGCCACAAGUCUCAAGGCUCCUUUCCCUGGUUGUAUUUUCAUUUGCUGCUUUGCAUUUGAUUCACAGAUAUACUUAAUGGUGCAAUAAAGGCACUUGGAUUUGUUUUCUUC